AAAGACCGCUGUGCAGUCAGCCUUAAACACGCAUCUGCCCCUCAGUGGUCUUUCACAUUAAUUAAAAAUCUUAUAUAACAAAAAUCACUUAAGUAUAUGUAAUUGUAUUCAAUUUUAGUUGCAAAUCAACAUCUUCAAAAUGACGAGGAUUUUGACAGCUUGUAAAGUAGUGAAGACACUGAAGACUGGUUUUGGCUUUACUAAUGCACACCACCAAUGGAAAAUUUCAAGACCUGGCAUCAGGCUCCUUUCUGUGAAGGCACAGACAGCACACAUUGUCCUGGAAGAUGGAACUAAGAUGAAAGGUUACUCCUUUGGACAUCCAUCCUCAGUUGCUGGUGAAGUAGUGUUUAAUACUGGCCUGGGAGGUUACCCUGAAGCUAUUACUGAUCCUGCAUACAAGGGACAAAUUCUUACAAUGGUCAACCCCAUUAUUGGGAAUGGUGGAGCCCCUGACACGACGGCACUGGAUGAACUAGGACUGAAAAAAUAUUUAGAGUCUGAUGGAAUUAAGAUUUCAGGUUUGUUGGUCCUGAGUUACAGUAACGAGUACAACCACUGGCUGGCUACAAAGACUCUAGGGCAAUGGCUACAGGAAGAGAAGGUCCCUGCAAUUUAUGGAGUGGAUACAAGAAUGCUGACUAAAAUAAUUCGAGACAAGGGUACCAUGCUUGGGAAGAUUGAAUUUGAAGGUCAGUCUGUGAAUUUUAUGGAUCCAAAUAAGCAGAACUUGAUUGCUGAGGUUUCAACUAAGGAUGUCAAAGUAUUUGGCAAAGGAAAUCCUACAAAAGUGGUGGCUGUAGACUGUGGGAUAAAGAACAAUGUAAUCCGCCUCCUGGUAAAGCGAGGAGCAGAAGUGCAUUUAGUUCCCUGGAAUCACGAUUUCACCAAGAUGGAAUAUGAUGGACUUUUAAUUGCCGGAGGACCCGGGAACCCAGCUCUUGCCCAACCACUAAUUCAGAAUGUCAAGAAGAUCUUGGGUGAUCGAAAUGAACCGUUGUUAGGAAUCAGUACAGGAAAUCUAAUAAUAGGACUAGCUGCUGGUGCCAAAUCCUACAAGAUGCCUAUGGCCAACAGAGGGCAGAAUCAACCUGUUUUGAACGUUACAAACAGACAAGCUUUCAUUACUGCUCAGAAUCAUGGUUAUGCUCUGGACAACACCCUCCCUGCUGGCUGGAAACCACUGUUUUUGAAUGUCAAUGAUCAAACAAAUGAGGGGAUUAUGCAUGACAGUAAGCCCUUCUUCGCUGUGCAGUUCCACCCAGAGGUCAGCCCAGGGCCAACAGACACUGAGUACCUGUUCGAUUCCUUUUUCUCACUGAUAAAGAAGGGAAAAGGUACCACCAUUACAUCGGUUCUGCCAAAGCCAGCACUAGUUGCUUCUCGAAUUGAGGUUUCCAAAGUCCUUAUCCUAGGGUCAGGAGGUCUGUCCAUUGGUCAGGCUGGUGAAUUUGAUUACUCUGGAUCUCAAGCUGUAAAAGCCAUGAAGGAAGAAAAUGUCAAAACUGUCCUGAUGAACCCAAACAUUGCUUCUGUCCAGACCAAUGAGGUGGGCUUAAAGCAAGCAGAUGCUGUCUACUUCCUUCCCAUCACUCCUCAGUUUGUCACAGAGGUUAUCAAAGCAGAGCGGCCGGAUGGGCUAAUUUUAGGAAUGGGUGGCCAGACAGCUCUGAACUGUGGAGUGGAGCUAUUUAAGAGAGGUGUGCUCAAAGAGUAUGGUGUCAAAGUCCUGGGAACCUCAGUGGAGUCCAUUAUGGCCACAGAAGACAGGCAACUGUUCUCAGACAAACUAAAUGAGAUUAAUGAAAAGAUUGCUCUAAGUUUUGCAGUGGAAUCGAUUGAUGAUGCACUGAAGGCAGCAGACACCAUUGGUUAUCCAGUGAUGAUUCGUUCUGCCUAUGCCCUGGGAGGCUUAGGCUCUGGCAUCUGUCCUAACAAGGAGACCUUACUGGACCUCAGUACAAAGGCCUUUGCAAUGACCAACCAGAUUCUGGUGGAGAGAUCAGUGACAGGUUGGAAAGAAAUCGAAUAUGAAGUGGUUCGAGAUGCUGAUGAUAAUUGUGUCACAGUCUGUAAUAUGGAAAAUGUUGAUGCCAUGGGUGUUCAUACAGGUGAUUCAGUUGUUGUGGCCCCUGCCCAGACUCUUUCCAAUGCGGAGUUUCAAAUGUUGAGGCGUACUUCAGUUAAUGUGGUUCGUCAUUUGGGCAUUGUGGGUGAAUGCAACAUUCAGUUUGCCCUUCAUCCAACCUCAAUGGAAUACUGCAUCAUUGAAGUGAAUGCCAGACUGUCCCGAAGCUCUGCCCUGGCUUCAAAGGCCACCGGUUACCCAUUGGCAUUCAUUGCUGCAAAGAUUGCCUUAGGCAUUCCGCUUCCAGAAAUCAAGAAUGUUGUAUCAGGGAAGACAUCAGCCUGCUUUGAACCUAGCCUGGACUACAUGGUUACCAAGAUUCCUCGCUGGGAUCUCGACCGUUUCCAUGGAACCUCUAGCCGAAUUGGUAGCUCUAUGAAAAGUGUGGGAGAGGUGAUGGCUAUUGGUCGGACUUUUGAGGAGAGUUUCCAGAAGGCUUUACGAAUGUGCCACCCAUCUGUAGAUGGUUUCACAGCCCGUCUGCCCAUGAACAAAGACUGGCCGUCAAACCUAGAUCUCAGGAAAGAGCUGGCUGAACCAUCUAGCACCCGCAUCUAUGCCAUUGCCAAGGCCUUGGAAGACAACAUGUCUCUUGAUGAGAUUGAGAAGCUCACAUCCAUUGAUAGGUGGUUUUUGUAUAAGAUGCGUGACAUUUUAAGCAUGGAAAAGACACUGAAAGGGAGCAAGAGUGAAUCCAUUGCAGAAGAGACACUGAGAAAGGCAAAGGAGAUUGGAUUCUCAGACAAGCACAUUUCAAAAUGUCUUGGGCUGACGGAAGCCCAGACUAGGGAGCUGAGGUUGAAGAAAAACAUCCACCCUUGGGUUAAACAGAUUGAUACACUGGCUGCGGAAUACCCAUCAGUAACAAAUUACCUCUAUGUUACCUACAAUGGUCAGGAACAUGACAUCAAAUUUGAUGACCAUGGAAUGAUGGUGUUGGGCUGUGGUCCAUAUCACAUUGGCAGCAGUGUGGAAUUUGAUUGGUGCGCUGUCUCCAGUAUCCGCACACUGCGUCAACUUGGUAAGAAGACUGUGGUGGUGAAUUGCAACCCUGAGACUGUGAGCACAGACUUUGAUGAGUGUGACAAACUGUAUUUUGAAGAGUUAUCUUUGGAGAGAAUCCUAGACAUCUACCAUCAGGAGGCCUGUGCUGGUUGCAUCAUAUCAGUCGGAGGUCAGAUUCCAAACAACCUGGCAGUCCCUCUAUACAAAAAUGGUGUCAAGAUCAUGGGCACCAGCCCUCUGCAGAUUGACAGGGCUGAGGAUCGCUCCAUCUUCUCUGCUGUGUUGGAUGAGCUGAAGGUGGCUCAGGCACCAUGGAAAGCUGUCAAUACUUUGAACGAGGCGCUGGAAUUUGCAAACUCUGUGGGCUACCCAUGCUUGUUGAGGCCUUCCUAUGUUUUGAGUGGGUCAGCCAUGAAUGUGGUUUUCACUGAAGAUGAGAUGAAGAGAUUUCUAGAGGAAGCCACUAGAGUCUCUCAGGAACACCCAGUGGUGCUGACAAAAUUUGUUGAGGGUGCUCGGGAAGUAGAGAUGGAUGCUGUUGGAAAAGAUGGACGGGUUAUCUCUCAUGCCAUCUCUGAACAUGUGGAAGAUGCAGGAGUCCACUCAGGAGAUGCUACUCUGAUGUUACCCACACAAACCAUCAGCCAAGGAGCCAUUGAAAAGGUGAAGGAUGCUACUCGAAAGAUCGCCAAGGCUUUUGCCAUCUCUGGACCGUUCAAUGUUCAAUUUCUUGUCAAAGGAAAUGAUGUCUUGGUAAUAGAGUGCAACUUGAGAGCUUCCCGAUCCUUCCCCUUUGUGUCCAAGACACUUGGAGUAGACUUCAUUGAUGUGGCCACCAAGGUGAUGAUUGGUGAAAAUAUUGAUGAGAAACCUCUUCCAACACUGGAACAUCCCAUCAUUCCUGCUGACUACGUUGCAAUUAAGGCUCCAAUGUUUUCCUGGCCCCGAUUGAGGGAUGCUGACCCUAUUCUACGAUGUGAGAUGGCUUCCACUGGAGAGGUGGCAUGUUUUGGUGAAGGUAUUCAUACAGCCUUCCUGAAGGCAAUGCUGUCCACAGGGUUUAAGAUACCCCAGAAAGGCAUUCUGAUUGGGAUCCAGCAAUCAUUCCGUCCAAGAUUCCUUGGUGUAGCUGAACAAUUACACAAUGAAGGUUUCAAGCUCUUUGCCACAGAGGCCACAUCAGACUGGCUCAAUGCCAACAACGUCCCUGCCACCCCUGUGGCUUGGCCAUCUCAGGAAGGACAGAACCCCAGCCUCUCUUCUGUCAGAAAGCUGAUUAGAGAUGGGAGCAUUGACCUAGUGAUUAACCUCCCAAAUAACAAUACAAAGUUUGUCCAUGAUAAUUACGUGAUUCGAAGGACAGCUGUUGACAGUGGAAUCGCUCUCCUCACCAAUUUCCAGGUGACCAAACUUUUUGCUGAAGCUGUGCAGAAAUCUCGCACCGUAGACUCCAAGAGUCUUUUCCACUACAGACAGUACAGUGCUGGGAAGGCAGCAUAGAGAAGCCUGACUGCCAUCCCCAUUCUUAAACUGGCCUAAGGCAUGUUUAUCUAAAGGAAGAGAUUCCCAACUUUGUUUCCCAAAGACGAAUAUAGAUACUAAACUUUAUUUUAGUUUACUCUGUAUCCUUAAUAUUCUGUAUCUCUCACGAUUAAAUUGUUGUCCAUCAAUCUUCAAAAUUUCACUCAGCGAGUCCUUCUUAAGUAACUUGUUUUUCAUGAGAAUUCCUCAGUUUAUGAAAGCCUUCUUUUUGGAUAGGCUAAGUUUGCCUUCAUGCUUUUUGCAGCUAACAUUUUAUGGUGCUGAUCAAGCUGAGAAAAGUUGCUGCCUUAUCUUUUAAACUCUAUAC